AAUCUUCCUCAUACAAAACAGAUGGCAAAAUCAGUCGUUGCCAAACUGCCGGUUAUUUAAAUUGUAAAAAGCGGACGAAAGAAAAGAAAAUUUAGGCGGAAAAUAAUAUCGAGCGAACUGUUACGAAAAGCGAACUAAAAGAAUUUUCAAAUGUAAAUUUAAGCAAAAAUAAUAUUUUAAUCAAGUGUUUUAAUAAUUUGAUGCGAAGAAGAUUAUAGAGAAAUUUUUUGAAAGAAAUUUAUUGUUUUGAUUACAAAAGUAAAUAAACAAAUUCGAAUUAUUAUUAGUUGUGAAUUCUAUUUAGUAAAGAAAUUUAAGAAAUCAUCUAAAUAAAAAUUAAUGUUUAAAGAAAAUAAACAAAUGAAAUAGUUAAAUGUGUGAAGAGUGUUUGUUUUAAUUUUUAUGAUGAAUAAAUGAAGAAAGAAAUUGAAAGAAAAGCAUUAAUAAAAUUUUAAAGUAAAUAGUGAAAAAAUAUUUAAAAAAAAGAAAAUCUAAUUAAAAUCUAUAAUAAGAAGUGUUUAUCAAAAAAUUAAUAGAAACAAAUUUAAAGAUAAAUGUUUGGUUAAUAUUCGCCUAAACUGCGGUUUCAUAUAAAGGUUUUUGUUUUGAUUUCAACACGCUGACGCAUUACCAGAAGUGAGCAGAAUAUUAGCAGAGAUUAUUUUUAAGAAAAGAUUUCAAUUUGGUCUAGAAACAAUUUUGCUGUAAUAUUAGCCAGUUCAUGGAAAAUGCUUAUGUAUCUGAAAGCUUAAAGGAAACCCAAACUAUAACAAAGUACAACAAGGACAACAACAAAAAAAACAAAGAAAAUUGUAAAUUAAAUCCUUUCAUUAACAAAACAAGCUUCAGCAAAGUAAACUCAGUAAUAUUUACUUAUAUUUUCAUCCUUGCAAAACUAAAAAAAGAAAAUUUGUACAUUUUAAGUCUAACUAAAUUAUGGAUGUUUACAAAAAUGUGUUAAAUGGUGCAUGCUGAAACUACUUCUGUUUCCUGUAGUAUCACAAGGACUUUAUGAAAAAUAGUUACAAAAUAUUAAUUUAGUAAAAUUCAGUUGAAAGAAAAAACAAUAGUUUUUUUGUCAUGUUAAAUAGUGGCAGUAGCAGCAGCAUGGAUGCACUCACCACAACAACAACUACUACAACGGCAAGUUCCUUAAUAACGACCAAAGCCACGAAUGCAGUCACAGCAUUAGCAGGAGUGGAAGAACAAACAGAAGUUAAUGAAACCCCACCAGAUCCUUUUGAAAUUUUACGCAAUGAGUGCUAUGAACGUCUUAAUCAAACUGCGACAGCUGCAACAACAGUGACAAGUACUGUGACAGAUAAAUUUUGUAUGGGCACUUUUGAUGGCUGGCUCUGUUGGCCGGACACUCCAGCUGGUACAUCUGCUUAUGAACGCUGUCCUGAAUUUAUAACUGGCUUUGAUCCAUUAAGAUAUGCUCACAAGGAGUGCGAUUCGAAUGGCGAGUGGUUCAAACAUCCGUUAACAAAUAAAUCCUGGUCAAAUUACACAACGUGUGUGAAUUUAGACGACCUACAUUGGAAACAUAAUAUAAAUCUCAUAUAUGAAGUUGGUUAUGGCAUCUCAUUGGUGGCCAUAUUAUUAUCCUUGGCCAUAUUGGGUUAUUUUAAAUCCUUGAAAUGUGCCCGUAUAACGCUGCACAUGAAUCUUUUCACAUCAUUCGCUGCCAAUAACUCAUUAUGGUUGAUAUGGUAUUUGGUUGUGAUGCCCAACUCAGAGCUGCUGCAUGAAAGUCCGCCUUUCUGCGUAGCUCUGCAUGUAAUUUUGCAUUAUUUUCUGCUGACCAACUAUUCGUGGAUGCUGUGUGAGGGUUUCUAUUUACAUACGGUUUUGGUGUCAGCCUUUAUAUCGGAGAAAAAAUUGGUUAAAUGGUUGAUAGCAUUUGGCUGGGGCUCACCGGCUCUUGUUAUAUUUGUUUAUGGUUUGGCGCGCGGUUUAAUUGCUGCAGCCAACGAAAAUGCCCACUGUUGGAUGAGUCCUACAAGUUUUGACAAUAUUCUGGUUGUACCUGUUUGCAUUUCAAUGUUCCUUAAUUUACUCUUCCUGUGCAAUAUUGUUCGUGUUGUUUUAUUAAAGAUGAAAGCACCUGCCAGCCUACAAAACAGUUGUGGCCCAUCACGUACAGUGCUCCAGGCAUUUCGAGCCACUUUGCUGCUGGUACCUUUACUGGGUUUGCAGUAUAUACUAACACCUUUUCGUCCCGAUCCUAAUCAUCCUUGGGAGCAUACUUAUGAAGUUAUAUCAGCAUUUACUGCUUCAUUUCAGGGUCUUUGUGUGGCCACCUUCUUCUGCUUCUUUAACGGCGAAGUGAUUGCCCAGAUGAAGCGUAAAUGGCGUACGACAUUCCUUAGUAAUCGGCCGCGUGCAAAUUCCUACACAGCCACUCAGGUCUCGUUCGUACGCUGUGGACCCGCAAUGCCCGGUGAAGAAAAAGUAUGACUAAAAGAGUUGUCGUCAGUGGUCACACGAAGAGCGUCCAGUGCUGUUACAUCAGCUACAUCUUCAUCUGCACGUCAUCACCAUCAACAAC